AUGGAGACUUUUAAAAGCCAUUCAUUGGCAGUGAGCAGACUUUGUGCGUCUGGCGUCGUAAUUUUCCUUGUAGUUUCUACAUGCUAUGCAGCUACAGCACACAACAACAGAGAUGGAGAUCAAAUUUCUGAAGACCCGCUGGAAAAUGUCAAGGUGUCCAUCGAUGAAAGUCGCCUUAUUCAUGUCACAGAUGAGAGGUACCUGUCCGUUGCGUGGACCAUCGGAGACUUAAGAAAACACUGGCACAAUGUUAACCUGAGCUCUGUGUUACUCCAAACUCUGGCCAAGGGACUCUCCCCUUCAUAUUUACGCUUUGGUGGAACCAGAGCUAACUUCGCCACCUUCAAAGAGAAAUCAUUGUCAUCGAAUGCGAGAAUGAAAAAGUUUUUUUUCACAGGUACUGACUGGGACCGGAUCAAUGAUUUCAGCCGUUCUGUGGGUUGGUCAUUUAUUUUUGACGUGAAUGCAUUUUGGCGAAGAGACAACACCUGGAAUCCAACCAACUUUGAGGCUCUGUUGAAGUAUAACGAUGGUAGAGGUUACAACGUCACAGCUUGGCAGCUCGGAAAUGAGCCGGAUGCCUAUAAGCGUUCUAUGAAUGUUAGUAUCAGCCCAAAACAAGUUGCUGCAGACUACAUUAGGCUGCAAGAGGUCUUGACAGUGAGAGAGAAAACGGCCAAGUCUUUCAUCAUCGGCCCAGAUGUAACUAAGCCUCACCAGAAACUUGAGGGACAAAAACUUGAGGGACAUCCGAUAUCAUUCUUAGAAGGAUUCCUUUCCGAGUGUGGCAACUGCACAAAUGUGACGACCUUUCACAGUUACUACCUCCAAGUAAAAACAGCCAGUCUUGAUGACUUUUAUGAUCCUGCCGUCCUUAACACUCUUGCUUUUGAGAUCCAUGAAGUGAGGAAGCAGGUCAGAAAGUAUCGACCACAUCGUCCAAAGAUCUGGCUGACAGAAACCGGAGAUUCUGUACCUGGAGGAGUGUCAGGAAUUUCUGAUAGAUAUGUUGGUGGUUUUCCCUUUUUAGACAAACUUGGAACAGGGGCAAAGAAUGGCUUGGAUGUAGUCAUGAAACAGCAGUUCAUUGGAAGAUUUUGUGGACUUGUGGAUGGUACCAACACUGAGGCGAGACCUGUUUACUGGGUGGCGUACAUUCACAAACGGCUCGUUGGUGAGAGAGUUCUGAAUGUAUCAACAAACAUACAGACUGAGACUCUACGUAUCUACGCCCACUGCACCCAAACAAGAUAUGGUAAGUACAGUCCUGGAGCUGUGACUUUGAUUGUGAUCAAUCUACACAAAUCAAACAGCUAUCAACUCGAUUUGCAAGGUACCAUUGGAAAUAACACUAAAGAGGAGCACCUGAUGACCCCUAGUGGAACGGAUGGCAUACAGGCUAGAUAUGUGAGCCUUAACAAUAUCAAGCUGGAGAUGUUAAAUGACAGACAGUUCCCUGAGCUGAGUUCGAGACUCCUAACACCCAAACAGAAGAUCAAACUUCUCCCUUUGACCUAUGGGUUCUAUGUGAUUCCAAAGGCAAACCUUAAAAUAUGUAAGUAAACUCCAUCCACUUUAAGGUCGUUGGCAAUACGGAAAAAUUGCAAUUUUAAAGCUAACCAAAGAAACCUAGAUGUUUUUCCUUUGUUUUAUUGUAACACAGUUAAUGAUUGAAUUGUACUAUAACUUGUUGACAACAGUACCAUUGUUUAUGAUUUAUAUACAAAUUUUGUAUACACUGAUUUUUUUUAUAGUACAGUAAUUUAUAUGUAUUUAUUAAAGUAAUUUUAAUUUUAUCAAAGUUGAAUUUAUUAUACAUAUCUCGAUUGAAAUGUUUUAAUUAAACAUGCAUCUGGUAAUCAUUGAUGCAUAGAGCAUAUUAAAUGAAGGCAAUAUCUCUAACAAUUAAUUACCAUCAAAAAUAUUUUUGUAAAAGAGUCACUAAAGCUGUUGAUAAUACAUAACAUUUUAAGAAACGAUUCCUUCCAAAGAGUGUGCUUUUAUAGAAAGGGAUUAAAAAAAAAAAAGCAUUUCAAUCUGAGAAACUUUUCUUCAUGGAAUGUUUCUCAGAUUGUAUAUUCCAAUUACAGAUUCCUGCUUGGACAUAAUUUUUCGCAUUUUGGUUUUUUGGGCUCGUUCAAUGAUGAAUUACGUCACACACUGUAACUAUAGUGUAGUAAUGGGCGGGUGGGUCUUUUUUCUCUGUAAUAUUUUCAACUGAAAUAAUAUAUUACUUUUUUUGUAAUAGAGUACACCUUUGUAAUAAAAUAAACAAACAAAAUAAUUACAGGAGGAUAAAUCUGUAAGAGUCAAACAAACUGUACACAAAUUUUAAUUUUGGUUAUACCCAAUUUUCUUUAUCCCGGAUGCAAAUUUCCAUCUAUUAAAACUGUUGAAUAUUGUAUUCUGGCAUCCACUGUGAGGGCAUUUUACACUGCUGUUUAUGAUGUGGUCUUGAGUGUUAUUAUAGUCAAGAAAGAUGUAACGGAAAUGCACUUUGUUUGUUUUGUAACAAAUGCACUGUGAGUGGUUUGCGCUGGUGACAAAUAAUCCUUCAAUCAAAAUAACAAGGAUCUAUUUAAAAGAUGGAAAUUUGCAUCGGGAUAAAGAGUUUUAACUUUGGUUUUUAUAAAUAAUUCCCUCCGUGGAAAUAAAACCCACUUUGGUUUUACCCAUAUACACCUAUGCAGAUAAGCACUAUAUACUCAGUACAAGGAUUUACUUUGAACGGAGGGUUAUAUAAAAGCUUGUCACAAUGGGCCAUCCACUAAAAUGAUAAAAAGGAGGGAAAAAAAAUAAUACCUGGGUACCAGCUAGUCAGAAUACCAUUACCUUACAGGGCUUGAACCUAACACUGGACUACAGGAGUGAGACCAGUGUUUUUAGCGUCGGGCCAGUAAACCUAAUACAACCGGACACAUGCCUGACAUCAUCUUAAAUUUUUAAAAUUAGGUGCAAAUGUUUAAUUUUAGUCUUAUGAAUAUUUUUCAACUCUUUAACAGAUGUUAUUUUUACAUCGGGGAUGAAGAAUAUUCUUCUGCUUUUUUUACCCAUAUACACCGAUGUGUGCAAUAGCACUGUAUACUCAGUACUUUCUCAAGUUCUUUCAAUUCUGUUGAUUAUGUAGUUUUACAAGUUAGACAAAAGUGAGUUAUAAAUCUUCAGUAAUUCCUUAUCCCAGCAGGCCUGUAUCCCAGGUACCUGAAUAUGAGGGACUCCGCCCAAACAAGCUUGCUUUUAGGGUACACCCGCCACUUCUCUCUUCCCCACAAGUGUAUCUAAAGUACCUUUAUGUGUAUUAUUGUGUAAGCAAAUCAAUUGGAUGGAAAUAUCAACUGAACUAUAACCAGGAUUUGCCCUUAACCUUUUCAGUGGCUAGCCAGCAGGACCAGUUUUAUAUUGUCACUUCACUGUUCCACCAACUUUUUUACCAAUCCAUAUCAAAUUAAAAAGAGAUGUUUUUCAAAACUGAUCUAACCAGUAACCAGCCGGACCACUUUGAGAGGAUUUGACCGGUCUCCUGGUGUUUUAAAGGAACACGUUGCCUUGGAUCGGUCGAGUUGGUCUUUGAAAAGCGUUCUGUAACCGUUUGUUAUG